ACGAAGUCACUUCGUAUCUAUCUCGUCUUUUGUAAAGUUGUUUUUUAUGUUUUGUCGUCUCCAAAAAUGAAUUUUGGAAUUCUUUUUAUAUUUGUUUGCAUAAUCAUUCAAUAUUGUGUUUGUUUGGAUCGAUCUAUAGCAAGUAAUACAAGGAAUGCUCUGAAUAUUUCCGGCAGCAGUGUUGACGACAUGAAUUUAAUUGCUCUUCUGAAUCAAGGUCGAAAAUUUAAAAGCAAAACAAGUGAAAUUUUCAUGCGGAUGUAUGGAGAAAAACCAGUUGAAAUUACGGACAUUUCAACACCUAUGGUUUGGAAUAACCGAUUGCUCAUCGAUCAUUCGUUAGCUGAGAGAUUCCUGAGCGUGUUUGGGGAUUUAAUUAAGAGCCUGGCAAUUAAAUAUGUGUCCAUUCCGGUGUUCAGGCAUAAAGAAAUCGGUAAUUUUGUCAAUUUUUAUUGUUCCGAAACGUUGCUGGAAUUCGAAGUGAACGACUGUAGCGAAGGAGCCUUUGACGGCAUGCAAACACCAUUCAAAAAGGUUGAGAGUGUAAUUUUCAAUGGAGUAUGGGAGAAAUUAAGUAACAAAUCACUCGGUUCUAAUCAACUAUUCCCUGAGAUGCGCUAUUUGACAUUGGUUUAUUCAAAUGGAUACAUCUUAGACGAAAACUACCCGAAGUUAAUCGAAUUAAACCUCAAUGCACCUAAUUCCAACUUAUUGAGGCUCCUCCAAUCCAAUCCACAGAUUCAGAAAAUGACAGUAAGAGAUUGUUCAACCAAUUUUCUUAAAAUGUUGAAUGACAAACUACCAAAAUUGGAAUUCAUUUCAUUUGAUGUACCAUACGAUUUGGAUCAAUACAACGGCACGCUGAUUAAGUUCGAUAGCGUUAAGUAUGCCUCUAUUUAUGAUUUAAGUGGAAGUUUUAAAAGCGAUAAAUUCCAUUUUAAGAAUUUGGAAAAUUUUGAACUUUUGGUCGAAGAAGAUGUUAACAGCGAAUGGGCUUUGUUUAUGGCAAGUCUCAGCGGCCAAAAGUCUCUUAUAAUAUCAAUAUCGAAUUUUACCGAAAAUGUUCUACCAAAUUUGCCUCUACAUCUUAACAGUUCGAUUGAAGUGAGAUUGGGCUGUAAUCUCAUUGAAAUCGAACCUUUGGCCAAUUUUCUGAAUAGUAACAAGGAAUUGAAAACACUCGUUCUGAAAUGUUCCAAAAAUUCACAAUCAUUCUUCAAGGAUUUGGAUUAUCGGCUAGAUGAUGAAUGGAAAAUGGUUCCAGUUAACAACAGCAAACGAAGUUCCAUUUUAACCACAAUGGACAUAGCUCAAGAUCAAAAGGAGGUAACUACCGACCAAGGACAAGAGGUGCAGACAGUUACUGAGCCACUUUUCAAUAGUACCGAAAAUGCAAUUAACAAUACAACUGAGCCAUCGAAGGGGACAAACAUUGCGACAUCAUUUCCAAUUGAAAUGUCAAUUUUCACAUUAGUAGCUGCCAUAAUGAACACAAUUUUCUAAAUUAGGUAUUUUUUAAAAAAUUAAUUUAGUUCUUUAUUUACAAGAUGGAUUUUGAUUCAAACAUAACUGUGCGUAACGAAACUGUGUUCACACCAUUGGUUUUAACAUGUUUAAAUUAAUGACUAUUCAAUAAAAAGUGUAUUCUGUAAAUCUGAUCCUGACUACUGAUAAACUCAAACAUAAAUUUGAUGUAAAUAAAAACAAAAAAUGUCCAAAAUUGAGGCUGUGGGAAUGAAAAUGGCAAUACAGGAUUAAACAUUCUGAAGCGCAUCAAGAAAAAAAAAUUCGCAAAAGUGAAUCAUGAGUUCUGAAUACGCAAAAGUGAACCAUGAACCUCCUAUGCUGCCCAUGUAAAUUCAUGUUUCACUUUUGCAUAAUCAGAACUCAUGAUUUAUUUUUGCGAUUUUUUUUUCUUGAUGCGUUUCAGAAUGUUUGUUCCUGUAUUGCCAUUUUCAUUCUCACAGCCUCAAUUGUGGAACAAAACAUUUUCAUUCACUCAACAACAGUUGACUAUCGCUCUGGAUUAACCCAACGACUUUUGUUAUGCGGAUUUUGUUUUUAUCAAGAUCGACCGGUUCUUCGAGCUUAUCAUGUAAAAUUAUUAAUGGGAAUCCCUAACUGAUUAAUCUUCUCAGUGGCAACAUUUCAUUGAAGGCGUUCAAGUCAAGUAACGGUUUAAAAUCAUCUUUGCUGAGGAGUAUCUUUAUUGAAUCAAAACACUAGUAAAUUCAGUUGACAAGAUGUCAUUUCAACCGAAUGUCGUUUUUGCUUUAGUCGUGCUAGCAGCAUUUUGUGUUUCAUACAGUGUUGUGGUUGCAAAGCCAAACGCAAAUUCGGUUCAAGACUUGGAGAUGUUUGAAGCCGGGCUGAACAGAACGAAGCGUCAAUUGGGCGAUGCAGGCAUCGGUGUUGGAGUUGAUUGGGUAACCAAAUCAAUCACGAAUGCAUUUGAGUGCAGCGAGAAAGCUGGUUGUCAGAAGGGCCAUUGUUGGGCAUGGUGCGGUGUCAGCCUGACUGGUGGCGAAUGGUGCUACACAACUCGAUCAUAUUCACAAAGUUUCCAAUAUGUCACAUGUAACCAAGAUUCUGACUGUGAUAAAUGCUGGAAAUGCGCUGGAUCGUGCACACUUUAAAUGCGGACGCCGAAAACAUAAAGUUACGAAAAAGUUUCAUAAGUUUUCAUUCGAAAAUUUAAUGUUGUCCGAAUUUCUAUGUAUCAAUAAAUUAGACUGUGUCUGUGUGAAUGCUUUUAAUUUUGUUGAAUAAAGGAAAAAUUGAUUGAAAAUUAAA